AUGUCAGUUCAUACACCAGAAGUAUUGUGGGCCCAACGCUCCAGUGCAGAUGACGCCUCUAAGAACCUUUUGUUCAUUACAAUUAAUAUUCCAGAUUGCACCAACCCUAAAUUGGAAUUAACGGAAAAUUCCUUAGAAUUCAGUGCUUUGUCAAAGUACCAUAGCGAGAAUGGCAUCAAAUACCAUCUUCAUAUUGAUUUCUACAAGCCAAUUGAUACGGAAGCGUCCGAAAAGAAGGUGGCCAAUGGUAGAAAUUACUUCCUUUUGCUAAGAAAAAAGGAUCUUGAUGCUGAGUAUUGGCCAAGAUUGACCAAGGAGAAGCUCAAGUACCAUUACAUCAAGACAGACUUUGACAAGUGGGUGGAUGAAGACGAACAAGAAGAGCACCUUGAGGCAGACAACGAUUUGAUGUCACAAUUUAGUCAAAUGGGAGGCGCUGGAUUCCCAGGUAUGGAUCAAGGUGGCGACUUCAACCCAGCUGAUUUUGGUGAUUCGGAGUCUGAAGAUGGUGAUGAUGCAGAGGAAGAAGACGAAUCGAAGACUGCAUAG